AUGGACACGGAAAGACGCAACUUCACGGGUCAGUGUGACCGGUUUACUGACGAACACAAACGCAUCACAGAGCAGUCGGAGUUUGCCGCUUGCCUCUUUCUGUCUAUACUGCCAUGUGAAAACACAGUCCAGGUGCUAAUAUUCGUCUUUGUGUUCCUUACUAUUUUUUCUUUUCUGAUCAAUGGGCUUGUUUUAUUUGGAGUGAGCCGGUCCGAUGAUUUAUCCGAGGAGCCGCAAACGAUGCUCCUUAAAAACCUGAUUCUGAGCGACAUGUUGCAGACCUUCAGCUUCGGUCCAGCGGUGAUCCACUCCCUUCGCCGACGCCGGACCAUGAUAUACGGUUUCUGGUGUAACACCCAGUACUUUGUCGGGACUCUCAGCGUUUUCUCCAGCCUCGUCAUCAUCACCUUUAUGGCACUGGAGCGCUACCUGUUCGUGUGCCAAGGUAUCCGCUACUUGGUCAUCCUCACUCACCGGCGCCAGCGUCUCAUCCAACGUCUGAUCUGGGUUUGCACGUUCUCCAUCGCCACCAUCCACUUGUUUGCGCUGAAGAUCGGCAGCGUGAAUCGACAGGUCACCAGUGGGUUACUGUGUGAACCGGACAUAAUGGAGCAGAUCUUUGGUUUCCCCCAUGCCGCUGUUGGUUUUAGGAAAAUCCUCAGCACCCUGAGUCUGUUUGUGUGCCUCCUGGUUUACGCGUUUUCCUAUGUAAACAUGUACAUAGUCGCGCGUAAUGCGGCGAUUCCGUUCAACGCGGUGAACACCGCUGCGCGCAAAACCGUGCUGUUCUACUGCGGGAUGCUGUUCCUGCAGCUGCUGCCGCUGCUGCUCAAAGUGGUUUCGGACGCACUGUGGGAAAUAAAGGGGACCGUGGCUAUGACGGUCCCGGAUGCCUCUCAGAGCGGGAACCUGACCCCUUCAGUGACUGCCACCGUCCUCCACCUAUCCCUGCUGGUGACGCUCAUGGUGCCGCCGUGCGUAAACCCGAUGGUGUACGGACUGAAGAGCGACAAGAUCAGGCUGGCGCUCCGUAAUUCAAUCCGCCGGUUUUGGGAUAGAAUAGUCGCUGACAGAAACGAGAACUUAGAGCUUCAAACCCGACGCACAGGAUAG